CAGCUGCAGACGUAUCUGCAACGCAGUAUCUGUGCGCAUCCCGUGUAUCUUUGUAUCUCAGUAUCUUUAUAUCUGCGUAUUUGUGUGCUUGUGCUUGUGCCUGUGCCUGUGCCUGUGUCCGUGCGUGUUGGCCAAACUGGAAGCGACAACCUAAUCAAUCAGUCACUCAAUAUGGCCAUUUCUAAGAGCCGCCGCGGCAGCUGCUUCUCCUCAAGGAACACAAACAGGCUGCUGGUGCCCAGCCCUCUGGAUCUUCACCUGGGAAGCCUGCUCUUCCUGGCUCUGCUGGCUUCGUGCUCGGCUCUGACAAUCGAGACCACAGAAGUCCCAGAAGUCAACGAAGUCACCACGAUAAUUCCAGCUCAGAUCGAAGAAAGCUUACCCACUCAGACUUCAACAAAUCAAAAUGAUACGACCAUUUCUGGAUAUCCUGUAGAGAAUCCCCAGGCGGAUACAACUAAUCCUGUUUUUUUUGUUCAGUCCAGUGAAGCGGAAGUACAAGAUAGCUUUGUAUCUGUCUACGGCGGUAACCUGGAACAGGAUAUAAAGAACGAUGUCAACAGCGAGGUGGAGGAAGCACCCUUUCCAGAGGAAUCACUUAAAGAAACUGUUCCAAAAGUGACAGAGAUUUCAGCACUAGAAACGGAGAAUCGGGAAACUGAAGCUGCCGUCCAAAAUGCCCGUGAACCCAAGACUCUUGAGUCACCGGAGACGGAGGGAAAUCUUGCGCCAGAGGCCCAAGCGGAACCGGAAGCAGUAACGGACAACAUUGCCAUGGCCAGUGAGCAGGACGACCCGGACUCCCUGAGUCUCAAUGAAGAACGGGCCAUCACUGAACAGCCCAUCACCAAGACUAACCUAUUGGCAUUGGAGCAAGAGCACAAGGCUGUCGAGGGCGAGAACACCGGCACUCCGAUCCCCACUUAUGAGGAGACCAAGCACCAGGUGACCAAGAAACAGGGCGUGGAGGACCUGCUGCCUAUCGAAGAGGCCCCUGAAGUUGUAGAACAGUUAGAAAGUGCCCAGGAGGAACGCCAGUCUGAGGAGCCCAAUCCGAACAUAAACGAGAUCGAUGGAAAUACUUCAGAGGACGUAAAAGCAAUUCCAAAUACUUUCUUCAAAUCUGCUAGUGAGCUUCAAGAACAGAUCGAAAAGAAGUCUGAGGAAGAAGCCAAGGCGGAAAUAGAAAAGGAAGUGGAGGGCACAGCUCAGCCACAGGAGACAGUAGUGGAGGCAGCAGAGGCUGAGGAUUCACAACCUGACGAAGAGGAAGUUGUUCUUGAAACCACGCAGAUGAGUACUUUUGAAGAGACAAAGCCAAUAGAAGAGGAUCUCAAGAAAGAUGAACAUAAUGGAGAGCAAACCAAGGAUAAGGAAGAGGAGCCUAAAGAAGAGGAGCCAAAAGAAGAGAAGUCUAAGGAAGAGGAGACAACGGACGAGGAACCUACGGAAGAGAAGCCUAAGGAAGGGGAGCCUAUAGAAGAGGAACCUAAGGAAGAGAAGCCUAAGGAACAGGAGGUCAAAGUGGAAGAAGUGGAACAUAAGGAAGAGGAGCUGAAGAAAGAGGAACCACAGGAAGAAGUUCACCACAUCGAUGCAGAAGAGCCCAUCAUCCCAGCAAGUCCUAGCUCCACUCAAAAUCCAGUGGAACAGGAAGUAACACCAAAAACUGAUGCGGAAUCCGUAGAAAAUAAAGAAGAAGAACCUGAAUCUGUGGAGGAUAAGGAGAAAGAUCAAGAAGCAUCGGAGCACAAGGAAGACCAAAACGACUCCAACUCAGACUCCUCCUCGGAGGAGGAGACACACGAGCCCGCUGCCGAUGAAGCCAAGCCCUCCUCCACCGACGACAGUACAGCUACUCCGCUGGUGUCCUACCCCCCGCACGAUGCUGGCCAGACCUUUGAUAGUAACUCGGCGGACGAGCACUCUGCCCAGCUCUCGGGUCCUUCCAAUUAUAGAUCGACCUUGAUCAUCGCCCUGUGCUCCGGCACCGCGGUGAUCUUCAUCGUGGCCUCGCUGGUCAUUUUCGUGGUCUCGUUUCAACGCCAACACGGCACCCUGGACAUUGAGAUGCAGGAGCAACGCCUGGGCAAGGACGAUCGCGACGAGGAGGACGCUCAGGUGAAACUUCUCGAGGUGGAUCUAUCGACUCCCGUUAUUGUAUCCCUGGGCAACGAGGAGACGGACGAAUGCCUAUAGGAUUUCUCCCGGCACUGGAAAGUGGAUCACCUUGGAGAUCCUUUGAGGAGGUCCUUUGACCUCGGUGCACUGUAAAUAGCUAUUGACCCUAAUAUUUCGACAAAGACUUGUUCACUUUGGUUUCUAAAUUGUUGACUGAGAGAAGCUGCAAGCAAAUCGAACGAAAAGCGAAUCGAAACAUCAUUUGCCAUACUGUUUAAUUUUAAAUACACUCUAGCCCCUAAGAAUUGCAAAAGCUCCACAAAUAUUUAUGUUUAAACAUUUUCAUUAGAGUUAGGAACCUUUUUUAUUGUG